CUCCAUCUCUUUGUCUCUUUCACGAUCAACACAAAAACAAAGACGCAGAGGUCUCGUGUUCUCUCGAGUUCUCCGAUCUCGGAGUUCUUUGAGGUUUCACGGUUUCUGGUUUUCCGACGAUUUCAACGUUUGGAGAGCUGAGAUUUCCGGUCGAACGAAAGCUAUUGGUGUGGUGGGUUGACCAACUAUCUCGUAAUUGAGAGGAGAGUUUAAGCAAAGCGUUCAUCUGGAGUAGGGAAAGAUCUCUCUAGCUCUCUCCACUCCUCUCAGGGUACUCUGCUUCGUCUCUUCUCUAUCAGCUGAAACCCUAGGCGGAUCCAUCAUUUUGCAUUUUGAAAGAGCUUCGAGGUCUGGGGACUUUGUGCGAACCGUAGUCUUGCGAGUCUGAAACCGUCGAAAUUCGAAGAUCUCUCUCUUCUUUCUGUUCUCGAAUGUAGCAUUUUCACAAAUCCCUCAGAAGGAAGGCCACAUUAAGUAUCAGGAUUUUUCACGUUAUUGGUCACUUAAACUAUUUUUUGAUUCUUUGGGUCUCCAUGGAAGCCCUAAGUUUCUCAGUCCCUAACCUCCCUUUGUUCUUCAUAAUGUUUCUCUUCAUUUACCUUGUCGCCUUAUUCGGCAUCUUCCGCAACUGGAACCCUAAACUUCGCCCGGAGGCCUCGAGCUGCGCAAUCUCUUUAGCCCAUGGUACUCCCGCGGUUUUAUUGGCUGCUUUGGCAAUCCUAAAGGUAGAUCAAUCUCAAAGGGGCUUCGCCUCCCCAAACACUAGUUUCCAGAACACGGUUCUUGAUUACAGCAUUGCUUAUUUCCUGAUGGAUCUCCUUCACUAUCUCAUCUUCUUCCCUAGCGACUUACUUUUUAUUGGCCAUCAUCUAGCGACUCUAUUCGUGUUCUUGACCUGUCGGUACAUGGUCUUCCAUGGUGCCUUCGCCAUUCUUGUGCUUCUAGUCCUUGCGGAGAUCACCAGCGGUUGCCAGAACAUUUGGACCCUCGCCAGUGCCCGCAGAGCCGACGUGCCCGCUGCUUCUAGGUUAUACAAGCUUUUGUCUCCUCCCUUCUAUGCCUUCUACUCUGUGGUUAGAGGGCUUGCGGGACCUGCCUUCGUCUACAAGAUGGGGAUCUUCUAUGCAAGUGGUGCAGCUGACAAUGUGAUCCCAAGGUGGGUUUCACUUUCCUGGUUAGUUGUGGUUGUAAUGGCGAUCUCCGUGAGCAUAUUAUGGGUCUCGAAUCUUUGGCUGGAUUUGUACAGAGAAAGAAGUAAGAAACUGUCGAAGAAAAUGACAUAGGAAGGGCGGUGCCUCGUGUUCCUGAUCGAUCGAAUCAAUUCAUGGCUUUGUUUCAUUAUUUGUAAACUUGAAAAGGUCUGGAUUUCUUUCAGGGUCAGUUUAAUAAUUUGCCGAUGACAGUGCCAGUAGGAGAUCGAUUUGCUUCUCGGCUCAAUUUCUUCUGCAAAAUAUGAACAGAUUCCAACGUUUAUUCUCUGACCAACACGUAAUCUCACUUAGUUUGUACUUUGUACAGGAAAUUGUAGUUUAUUUGAUUGACUUUACCUUUGGCUUUUCAAAUGCUGCAAUGGAAGUUUGGAACUCUCUCUCUCUC